UUAUUUUUUUAAUUUCAGGACUGUUUUGUUAAUUUUUUUUGUCGCAUCCUUCUCUGUGACUGUAUUAUUGUGUCAAUCGGAUUAUUGUUAUUUUUGUAUUACUCCUAUGUUUGAGUAAUUUACAUUCAAGUCAAAUAAUUUAUAAUAAAAUUUUCUUCCAAGUUGCAUUGUUUUACAACAAUUAUAUUUACAUAACUCCCACAUAUACUGAAAAAUAUAAAAGAAGUUCUGUUUGCUUGAGGAUAGGAAGUUUGUUCUAAAACAUGACCAUCUAUAACCUGUAUAUUUUCAAUGCUGCUGGAUCUUGUAUCUACUAUGCAGAAUGGCAUAGGAAGAGGCAGGCAGGAAUGUCAAAAGAUGAGGAAAUGAAGCUGAUGUAUGGAUUGAUAUUUUCACUAAAAUCAUUUGUUUUGAAGCUUUCUCCAGUGGAUUGCAAAGAGGGUUUCUUAAAUUAUCGUACAAGUAAAUAUAAGCUAAACUUCUAUGAAACUGCCACUGGAUUGAAAUUUAUCAUGAACACCGAUAUCAAUGCUAUGAAUGUUCGUGAAAUUUUGCAAAGAAUAUAUAGGGAGGUUUAUGUAGAGUAUGUGGUUAAAAAUCCAGAAUGCAAAAUGGGAAAAGAAAUAGUCAGUGAAGUUUUCCAAACAAAACUGGACAAAUUAGUGCGAAGUUUUCCAAUAUUUAGCUCACGAAUUCUGUAAUUUGUAUGUAGCAUUUAUAGAUUUAUUUAAUAACAUUGUAAAUAUUCAAUCACAUUAAAAGGAAAUUAUUUGUAAAUAUAAAUAAGAUGUUUUGUAAUUUUUUUAAAUGAUUAAAAUAGUUUUAUGUUAA